GGAAUUUGUCAUUAACCGGUCUGAAACAUGCGCUCAUUGGGACCUCUGGCUCUGGCGUUGCACGCAUCUCUGUUAGUGCUGGUGGCCCACGGGAUCCAAAAACCUAAAGAUGGAGUUUAUGUGAGGUCUCUGCAGAGGUUUUCACCAGUGGACCGAGCAACUGGAUACCACCUGCCCACUUACAUGAUGCAUCUGUACAGGAACUUCAGGGCGAAUUUCUCCAGACCUUUGGAUACUUUGGAGCGCGUCGCCGUGGCGCAAGCAGACACAGUGAAGAGUGUGAUGGCAAAAAGUAAGAUUUUUAUUUGUUUAUCUCCAAAAAAAGUUGGGUAUUAAAUGGUGGGUUCGUUUCUGUCAGAUCAUGUAAAAAGCCUAUAGAGUGUUAGUUUUUUCUGUUCGAGCCAGACAACCUCACAGAGUCUGAAUCCACAUCCAGCUCAAGUAUCUGAAUAACCAUGCGAGGAUCAGCGUGUGAAAAGGCCGCUUUUCUGUCUAAUUCUCAAAGCAAACCUCCUCUCUCUUAAAUAGGUGAUGUUGAUUAGAUACCUCGCCAGACGUCCCCCCUAUACAAAUCUCUUGUUAAGUCAAAUCAACAACUUCCCUUAGUUCUUUUUCACACUUGGCUUGAUUAGAUUAGAGCUCGGGAUUUAAUGGCACAAGCACCCACCAAGAGGACUGCCCUCCCUGCUGCUGAAUUUAAUUCCACAUCGCUGCUAGGCGUCAGAGUUAUUACCUAUUUGUUUGACUGAGGAUAUGCAGAAGCCAGGAGGACACGCAGGGACGUGUUAAAUGAUUGGUUUCGGCCGUGGUGUUUGGUUUGAGUGGAUUAAUAGCGAGCACGGUUUGCACUUUUGAUCAACAGUCUUAAAGCUAAAUGGGCCAAUGCACUGGACAAUGCAGAAGUGAAAUGUUAAACAUGCUUUAAUCCUUCAGAUUAAUUUGAACCACACCUGUUCUUUGAAUCACAAUGGUGCUCUUUACACAUGUGGGUGCAGCACAGGCUUACGUGCUGGAGAAGAAUGGUUGGAUUGUUUCACAGAUGCUUAACUUAUCUUUGAUUUGCUGCAAAUUCAUCACAAGCUCUGAUCAUAAAAACUAUCAAAAGCAGCAGCUGUUCUCUCUACAUCUUACGUUGCAAAAUAAGAGAGGUUGACCCACUGAGCAAUAGACAGUUAUUAGACAUCUAGUUUUUUAGACCUAAUUUAACCAUCUAGAUUCUGUAUUUUUUUAGACUGAAUUUAGACGUUGCACUUUAACCCAUUAUUCGAUAACUAUUUAUUUCAAUAUCAACUGUAAGUUGCAUUACUGAUCUCCAAGUACUUAACCAAAAUAACUAUGAUUGCCGUUGAGCAAUAUACAGUGUAGCAUAGAUAUAGCCUAGAUUUAGACUUGGUCUAAACUUGGUCUAAAUUUAGAUGUCUAAAAAGACUUUCAUUUUUCGUCUGGGCUACAUUUAGACGUCUAUUAGACCUCUUUUAGACCCAAAAAUGCUCAGUGGGGAACCUUUUCCAGUAAUUAUAAAAAAAAAAACAUAUUUAUAUACACAAAUAAUUCAAAAUUAGUAUUUACAAUUCAUCAAAGUACCACCUAAUUUGGAUGAGAAGGAAUGUAAGUUUUUACAGUAUUCAUAUCCUUUCACCAAAUUCAGAGAAUUUAGUUCCUAAAAUUUUAGAAGUCAUCACAUUAAGUUUCCAUUUUGACUCAAGUACACAAUAAAAGACAGCUUCUUUGACUGGCAAGUUCUUAUUUUUUAAAAUAUUUAUUGAAAUAUUGCUCAGUAAUACUACCAUAGUAGUACUAGUAGAAAAAGACACCUUUACAGUUAAUAAAAUGUUCCUUCCAACAAAGCAUUUUUGCAAAGAUUUGACUAACCACAAAUUCAAACUGCAGCUGGAGUCGAAAUUGUCAUGAUUUUUCUCAUAUUUUCUGUCCACAACAGGUGGAUUUUGUUGCUCCUGAAAAGCUCUCCGGCACUUUAACUUGUAUUUCUUCUAAGUGCUGCUUUGAUGUUAAUCCUAGCAUAUGCACUAUCCCCACUAAUAACAAUAAGCCAUCCUGUAAAUGUGUUCCCCACUUAUGCUAAUCUCCCUCUUUUUCACUGCAUUAGGUUUGACGUACAGAAAGAAGCACUGGAGUGUGACCUUUGACCUCCAUGCCCUGUUGGCUGACAAACAGAUUCAGGCAGCAGAGCUGAGAAUCAGACUUCCUCAGACUUCUUCAAACACCACCGUGAAGGUUUAUCACCAGGCGUGCCUUGGGCACAAGAGCUGCCAGGAGCAGCAGCUGGUGGGGCUGCUCACUGAUUCUUCGCUGGUCACUUCAUCGCAGAGCUGGAAAGUGUUCAACAUGACGAAACCUCUGCUGAGCUGGCUAAGGCAAAAAUCAACAGCCAGGAAUCGUCACAAGAGAAUAUCAAGAAGAAGGAAGGCGUUGGAGACAAAGAGAGGCAUGACACUUCCUGGUCAGCCUUUCUUUGCGGCGAAUCCAAGAAGAGAGCAGGACGUGAGCGACCGGGCCUUGCUGGUUGUCUUCUCACACACUGGUUCUGAUGAAAACUCGAAGGUCAAAGCGAGCUUACUCCACACAGCUGAACAAUCCAAGUUCUUGUCCCCCGCUGAAAUCAAAAGGGCCCGCUGGCCAAAGAGGCGCAGGAGCAAACGGGGCCAGAGAGAACAAACAGCAAGAAGCCUCCAAGGGUCCAAAAGAGGGAGUGAAAAAUCUCUCUGCCGCAGGGUCGACCUGCAAGUAGACUUUAAUCAAAUAGGCUGGGGGUCCUGGAUCAUCUUUCCUAAAAGAUACAAUGCCUACCGCUGUGAGGGGUCCUGCCCUGGGCCUCUGGGAGAAGACCUAAACCCAACAAACCAUGCUUACAUGCAAGUAAGUCCAUCUAUACAUCUAUCUAUCUAUCUCUCUGUCCAUUCAAGACAAGUAAAGUACUGUGUGGCCAAGAAUUGUAGACCCAAAUAUGAACGAAGAAUUCAGACUUAGUGCAGAAAAAACAAUUUAUUUAGAACUGAAGCUGUAGUCAAGAAUAAAUAACUUAAACAAACUAGCAGAGUACAUGGUCUGGACAGGUGUAAGUGGUCAGUGGGAGGUAAGAAAUUAAGGUUCAACCUAUAUUGCUAUCUAUUUUUAUAACUGACAGGUUUAGAUACAGACAAACUAGUAACUUGUGUUUUUAGUAAGAUUAUUACGUUUGUAUUUAGUGAGUAGCUGGGCAUAAGACACCAGUUGGACGAUGAAGAGAAGAGUGUUUUUUGUGUGCAAAUAAUAUCCAAGAGGGUUUAAAAUAUGACAAAUGGAGGACCAUACUAAUCAUGAUCAUAAUCAUGUUAUUCCCAUAUCUACACUCUAUCUUAAAAUGAUAUUGUUUCCUCACUUUCUGUGUUAAAGGGAUGAUUCUGGUUGUUCGAAGUCACUUGAUAACUGUUUGUCAUUUAUGAACAGCAGAAGAGAUGGUACAUCUGUUAUACUGCUAAUGAUUUCACCUCUCUCUGUCAACAACCACACAAAAAUACUACUUCUCCAUUUGGUGAAAGUACCAUUAUAAAGACACUAAAAUGUUUUAACUUCAUUCUGAAUGUGUAAUUUAUAUAACAGUAAAGCAGUAAAGCAGAAUCUGACUUUGAAAUAAUCCACCUAACUUCCCUACUUUUGUUUCAUUUUCCAGAGUUUACUGAAACACUACCACCCUGACAGAGUGGCCUCACCCUGCUGUGCCCCGACCAAAAUGAGCCCAUUAAGCAUGCUGUACUAUGAGAAUGGAGAGAUGCUCCUUCGACAUCAUGAAGACAUGAUUGUUGAUGAGUGUGGAUGCCAGUGAGAGUUACCCUGACCUACAAGCAACCAACUUGUGUGGAAACAAAAGAUACACUUAGCGAGAAUGAAAAAAGCUCUUGAAUUUGCCACCGUGCACUGUAAGAUUGUAAUAAAUCAAUGUGCAAAAAUUGAAUUAUAAAUCGUGAUGUGAUUGGUUUGUUACUGUUUAAGAUGUGCUGAAAUACAAUCUCUACUCCACCUUAUCAAUUUCAUUUAUGUAAACGUUAAAAAUGACAAUUUUUGUAUAUUUCAGCACUGUUUUUAUUGUUCACUACCAUUUGUAUGACUGUAAAUCCAUGUAUAUUUAUUGUAUAUAAUAAAAAAUGUAUUUAUGUA